UAAAAUUAUUAUCCAAUCGUUUGAUACAUCGCUGACAGGAAUCAGAGACAAGUAUAUGACGGACUCAAUGGAGACACCGGGAGAGGGCCGGGAGGCAAAGGCCAUUGGAAAGCAGUUCGAGAAAUUGGCCAAUCAGUGGAAUGAAAGACAUUGUGAUCAUGAAAGCAGGAAAUCAUUGGAAAACAUUGAGAAGUAUAGCGAAGAGCAGCUGAAGAUCGCGUUUGAGAACCAAUUGACAGCAACGGCCGACGGCACAAUACGUACACCAUUUGGCUCAGGGAUGGGUUAUCUGAACCUCUACUCGUUGACGGCGUUCAGUCAGGCCGUGGCCGACAUAUACCCCUCGUCACAGGGGCUCAUAGCGUGCAAUGACUGGCAUAUGUUGGGCUCAAACAAAAAUAUAGCAACGGUUGCGGGAAAUGUUAGCCACCUGUGCCGCUACCUCGACGAACCCGUACCGCUGCCAUACCUGGCGUACAUCGUGUCCAUCGGUGACUAUAAGUUUGGUAUUUACCUGAAUUAUAUCGACGAAAGAGAGUGUGAUAUAUCGGUUGUCAAUGAGUUUGGGACCAAAGAAACAGUAGAUGUGCUGCGAAUCGUCGACUAUAAAACUGAGGCGAGAUAUGGGGUCCGGGCUUUGGACCCGAACUUUGUGGACGACAAUCGUGUGAAAGAGCUGCCGGUGAGAGACGCCGAGUUCAUGCGCGCCGUCAGGGCUGCGGUACUGCCCGGCAGUCAACAACUGGUCGACUGUACAAACAUUGAGUUCGUUGUCAUGCAUUUCGGGCGCACCUCUCGGGUGAUCGAGUUGUGUCUCAAGGAAUUGGGUUUUGUGAAGGGCCGCCACUUUACCACAUAUGAGUGUUUGGCCGCCAAAGGCAGUGAACGGCAACUGUUUUCGCCCGCAUUUAAACUGAACGUCGACUCAAAAGUAGCGCCGGACACGUCUCGGCUCAUCGUCGGCCUGAGUAACGACGGCUGCCAACUGUUUGUGUACGAGAAGGGCUCUGACGGCAAGUGGACGCUCUUCACGCACGAAGAGUUGGCCCAUCUGUUGCUGUGGUGGGCAAACGUCCGCUACAAAUACCACAAAGCCAUCAGACAGGCGAGAGGGCAACACCGGGAGCGGCCCUGUCAUGUGUACGGACUCAAUGAGCACAGCACUGGUUUUGUGGCCAAUUUCUGCGCCCGAGAGGGACUCACGUUAGAGACGCACAGAAAUAUGGCGGACAUGUUGUUCAUCACCGAAGAUGUGUAUCAGAAGAGGGUUACGGCUGUCGAUCCGGCGGACUAUGAAAGCGGUGCCGUCGAGUACUACGAGACACCGCCCGACCCGAUGCUCAUUGUCAUCGGCACUGACGGCCGCUUUAUAUGCGAUCCCGAGUAUAUGCCUGUUUGGGACGGCAUCGGCGCCGCUCUGCACGUCAUAUAUAUGGCUAUAUAUCUGAAUGGCAUCAUUCGGGGCACUCUUCGCAGCCAUUUGGACAUAAUUCACAAAACAUGUCAGCAGUAG